GAGGGCUGUGGGGUGCAUGGUUUGUGCCCCCAGUGUGCAGUAAGUCACUGUGCCAUAGAACUCUUCAGGACUUGGUGGUGCUCCAUGGCCCUGCACCUGGAGCAUCCCUACUGUGUGUGCAGGGAGUGAUGCAGCCAGGCAUGGAUAACCCGGAGCUCCUGUGUGCUUCCCUGACCUAGUUCUGAUUCUGUUGUUCUGUGUGUGUGUGCAGUGGGAAAUCUCAGUGCUUUCGGGGGAGUGGGGUUUGUUAGCAGUAAGGAAAAGCCUAUUGGGCUCUAAUCAGCUGAGCAAUCAGGAGCUGGCCAGGCUUUGCAGGUGAGUGCAGGCUGAUGGUGGAGGUGGCUCUGGGUCUGAACAGAAGUGGUGUAGGAUGGGGAUGGACAUUGCCUAAUGCUGUGCACGGUGCCUUGGUGCUCCUGCCUUAGAGAUAGUGCACCUGAUGGAGUGGUGCUUGUGGUCAGCAGGGACUUGUUGAGCAUCUCCACUGACAGCGGAGGAGCAGCAGAGCAGUGGUGUGGGGGGGAAGAGGGGGUGGAAAUAUGUGCAUGUCCCUGUGGAACUGCCUGCCUUUGUUUGGCAGCACUUCUCUGCAUCACUGCAGCUCACAGUCCCUCCUGCCCAGUGUCCCAGUGCUGCCUGCAGGUACUGCUACAUGGAUGUAUUUCUGUGCUUUGCUCACGUGCUCCCCAGUCGCCCACACUGACCCUACCCCCAGCCUUGGGUCAGGGCUGAACUCCCUGCUCUGUGCCCACAAUAUCUGCCCAGUCUGUCUGGCAGCAUGUGGGGCAGUUAGUUACUGACUCAGGUGACCUUCAGCAAACUUCAGUGGGCUGGGGAGGCAAACAGCGAAAUGAGGAGUGUAUAUGGUAGGAAGGGAGUGGGGCUCAAACUGUCUGUGUGCUGCUGAGUGCCUCGUGGGGUUUGCUUUGAGUGCUUGCAUUUCCUGCCUGUUGUAAUGUGAACGGGCUCUACAGUUUGGCUUGGGCUCGUUUCCUCCCAAGAGGUUGGUAGGAGAACACAUUUUGUUUGGGGAGGUGUGCUCUGGCAGCCACUGCUUUGGCCAAAGUAGAGCUAUUCUGGUAUAGCAGCUUGUUUGCGUCCACAAAAGCACUUGUUUUUAAGGGAGGGGAACACGUAGACGUGUGGAUGUUUUUAAUCUUUCCAGAGGGUGAGAAUGAACCUUAGAAUGUUUCCGUUAUCUGCUGCUGAACACAACAGAAAACUCCCCCACUCAGGUUGUGAUUCUGAGGCCAAUCCAUGUGCAAUGGGCUCAGGAGGGGGGCAUCUGCUUUGGGGCUUCUGUCCCCAUCCCGGGAGCUCUUGAGGGCUCCAGAAUUCAUCAAGCACGGCCGUGAGAGGAUAGGACAAACCAUCAAGGCAUCCGGCUCCAGGCUGUGCUCAUAUGCUGAACGAGUUGCCAUUUUGAUGGAUCGUUCCCGCACCUCAGACAGCACUACCCAGCCUCCAACACCAGCUGACAACAUCAACCUUGGACCUUCUGCCAACCCAAAUGCCAAGCCAACAGAUUUUGACUUCCUGAAGGUUAUCGGCAAAGGAAGCUUUGGAAAAGUUCUCCUGGCCAAACGCAAGUGUGAUGGGACUUUUUAUGCUGUGAAAGUCCUGCAUAAGAAAACCAUCUUAAAGAAAAAGGAGCAAAACCACAUCAUGGCAGAACGUAAUGUGCUUCUGAAAAAUGUCAAGCACCCCUUCCUUGUGGGCCUCCAUUACUCCUUCCAGACCUCGGAGAAGCUUUACUUUGUGCUUGAUUAUGUGAAUGGGGGAGAGCUCUUCUUCCACUUGCAAAGAGAGCGUUGUUUCCGUGAGCCCCGUGCAAGAUUCUAUGCUGCAGAAGUUGCUAGUGCAAUUGGAUACCUGCAUUCCUUAAACAUCAUCUAUAGGGAUUUAAAACCUGAGAACAUCCUCCUGGAUUGCCAGGGACAUGUGGUGUUGACAGAUUUUGGACUCUGCAAGGAAGGAAUGGAAGAAGAGGAGACUACCUCGACGUUUUGUGGCACUCCUGAGUACUUAGCUCCUGAGGUGCUAAAGAAGCAGCCGUAUGACAGGACAGUAGACUGGUGGUGCCUGGGAGCAGUCCUCUAUGAGAUGCUUUUUGGACUGCCUCCCUUUUAUAGCCGGGAUGUGUCUCAGAUGUAUGACAACAUUCUACACAAGCAACUUCAGAUCCAAGGAAGCAAGACUGUGGCAGCCUGUGAUAUCCUGCAUGGACUUCUCCACAAGGACCAGAAGAGGAGGCUGGGUGCCAAAACAGACUUUCUUGAGAUAAAGAACCACGUAUUCUUCAGCCCAAUCAACUGGGAUGACUUGUAUCACAAGAGGAUUACUCCUCCAUUCAACCCUAAUGUGGCUGGCCCAGCUGAUCUGCGGCACUUUGACCCAGAGUUCACCCAGGAAGCCAUCUCUGCCUCCAUCACCCACACACCUGACUUAGCAGCCAGCAGCUCCAGUGCCUCCGAUGCAUUCUUAGGAUUUUCUUAUGCACCAACUGAAGAGGACUUCUAGAUUAUUUUUUUUAUAAAGGCUUUAAGAAGCCAGGUUUUAACUGAAUGGUAUUUUAUGUUUGCUGUUGUUGCUGUGGCUUUCCUCGGUUCAGUUUUUGGAAGGAAUGGUGAUGUCAUUUGUUUGUGGUUUAAGGAAAUAGGGACUAAUGCACUAAUGGGUUGGGAUGGGACAGAGCUCUUCAUUUGUGCUGUUUGGAUUUGCCUCUAAAUGCGUGUUCCUCUUGCCUGGAAAGCGAGACACUGAUAAUAAUAAUUGCUGUACUGCUUGUUAGGACUGUAUUCACUGUGGUUGUAUUUAUGACUAAGGUCUAUGCACCAUCACUCACAUCACAGCCACAUCUCUGUAACAGGUCAUUUCUAUGGGGUGGAGCUGUCUGUGCCUGUUGGGUUUCAGUACUUGAAAGCAGAAAUGGGGAGGUCAGUGGAUGCUACUGAAGAAGCAGAGCUGCAUUGGUGGAAGGAGCCCCUUCCUCGUCCUGGGCUGAGCAUUAUAAUAAGAGCUGUCUCUUAUUGCUGUCAGGGCUGUGGAUCCAGAGCUGUGCCCUCUCCUAGGAGCUGUUUGCAGAGCUGCUCCUCAGCACAACAAGCAGCAGCAGCCUCCUGGUGCCUGCCCUGCACUGACGCUGCCUGUCACCGAUGUGGCCACCAUCUCUGUUCUGCCUUAAUUGCAAUGCUGGUGUACUUCUUGCCUGCUCUUCCUAUUUUGUACGGGGACACUGCUCUUGUACGUGCAGCAACCACGACACUAUUAAAGCGAAUACACUGCGGUGC